CUCCUCAUCGUUGAUACGAUGAACACUAGGCUCAGCUAUGAGGCCAGCAUACUAUCCAGCCACAUGUGGCUCAUCCUCAACAUCUCCGGACCGCGGCAUCGUCGGCCCGCUGGUUUGAGACAGGCACAUCCUAGCGAUGACUCGCCUUCGAUGAGCCGUGGCCGGGCAACAAAUCUGCAACAAAACACGUGUGUUGUUGUCCCACAGCAAAGACAACUUCACGCGAUACUGAUCUUUUCGCUGCGCAGUCAGCUAUCGGACACUCAAUGUUCUCCAUGGCCCCGAAACCACCGGCCCCGUCCUUUUCGCACCUCAUCUCGUCUUAUCCGAUCUUGUCCAUACUCGCGGAAUAUGUUUCAGCCCUGGAUCUCCUUCACCUAGCUCAGACGAACCGUAACCACCACGUGCACAUCCUCGGUUCCCGUACCAUAUUCGAAAAGCUGAGAAGCCUUUGUCUCUGCGAUGGCCGCGGCUUGAUACAACGCCAAACGUUCAGCGGACGCUACUGUCCAAACUACUGGACUCUCUUCUGCGGCCUCCCUCCCAUGGUCGUCGGGGACGAGGAAAUUGAAGUCAAGCUGUACAACGUCAAGUGCGACGAAGCUGGAGCCCUACCCUGCCGGAGAUGCGGAAUCAACAUUUGUGAAGAGUGCAGAUACUAUGAUCGGCUUCUGUCCGUGGAGGAAAGCUAUGUCGAGCCGCGCUACAACUGGCGCCCUCUCAACAUCAUGUGUCUUUGCCGCGAUUGCGAUUCCGAGCUUGAAGGCGACAUUCAGGGUAAACAGCUCAGCGACACAUGCAAUUGUAACCUAUGCCUGAGAUGGCUUUGUACCAAGUGCGAAGACGAUCAGAGAGAAGAGACCACGGCGUAUUACGACACCCGAACGAAAGAAGCGUCGGGCCAUAAUAACGUGCUUAUCGCCCAAGAAGAAUGGGGUCCGGACGAAACCUCCGAAACCAAACAACUUGAAAUCUAUGGCAAAUGGCGUAGUUUUUAUUGCCCUUGUGGUGCCAGCGUUUCUCAAGAGACCGUCCCCCGAUGCACCUGGUGCAAGCAUCGAGUCAAAGGCCAGGAUGAAUGGUUGAGCGAAAGAAACCAGCUUGCUCGACUUGAUAAGCCGGGAGGUUCUUUUUAUAACCCAAAUUACCCGCCCUUCGUCAUGGAUGCCAGCUACAACUAUCCCACUCCUUAUCCCAGGCUGGGGUACCAUCGGCCCGGAGACACAAUCCCGUAACGACUGUCAUCUUUCAACCGAGGCUCUUCUACGGCUAGAGCCCACUGCUCGAGACAAUCAUGCCUGACGCCCUAUGGUGGCUGCGACCCUGUCAUCGUUGGCCAAGAAUGGCAGAGUCUAGAGAGACAUGACCGGGAAGUCAUCGCUUCAGACAACACGCCAUUCGAGCAAACC